AUGUCAGACCCAAGUUCCAUCAAUGGUGGUGUUGUAGUCGCAAUGGUCGGCAAAGACUGUGUUGCAAUUGCGUGUGAUUUAAGACUGGGAAGUCAAUCCCUGGGGGUUGCGAACAACUUUGAAAAGAUAUUCCAUUACGGUCAUGUAUUUCUUGGCCUAAGUGGUCUUGCUACAGACGUUACCACGCUCUCUGAAGUAUUCAGAUACAAGACAAAUCUCUAUAAAUUGAAAGAGGAAAGACACAUCGAACCUGAAACAUUCACGCAGCUUGUAUCAAGUACGUUGUAUGAAAAGAGAUUUGGCCCAUACUUUACUGGCCCAGUUGUCGCAGGUAUCAACUCCAAAACGGGAAAGCCCUACAUCGCUGGUUUUGAUCUCAUUGGUUGCAUUGACGAGGCCAAGGACUUCGUAGUUAGUGGUACAGCAUCUGACCAACUAUUCGGUAUGUGUGAAUCGCUUUACGAGCCUGGCUUGGAACCAGAAGAUUUAUUUGAAACCAUAAGUCAAGCACUGCUAAAUGCGGUUGAUCGUGAUGCAAUUUCUGGCUGGGGUGCUGCGGUGUACAUUAUAACAAAGGACAAAGUUGUCAAAAGAUACCUGAAAACAAGACAGGAUUAA